GGUGGUCGGCCGGCGGGAGGGAGGGCUAGCAUGGCCGCCCUGCUGCUGCUGGUGACAGCCGCAGCCGCCGCCAGCCUCGGCGAUCUCACGCGAAGGGAGACUGGCGAUGUGUUCACUAUACUUGGCGACGAAUGCGGACCAGCACAAUGCGCAGAGCACGGCGCAGGUGCGGCGAACUCUAAAGACGCAUCAAUUGCCGGCGGCUGCGCCUGCGCGUGCCCACAACGCGCACCGCUGUUUAGAGAAGAUCGGGAACUAUGCGUUGAUGACCUACCAGAAUGUGCCUUGGCAACUUUUGGCACUGGGAACGCGCUACAACGCAUUCCAUUUGUAUUUUUGCCUUUGAAAGGUCAAAUAAUCCAUCCAUCGCGUGAAAUAACGUUUAAGAAUGUCAAAACGCCUAUUUGCGCGGUAUCCGGGGCUCAAUUUCUUACGACGAAAGGAUUUUUGGACCUUCGUAAUACGCUGGACGCGGAUGUGCCAUUUAGUCUUUUUAGAGAUGAGGGUAGAACAUUUUUGCAGUGGAGCGGCGAGGACGAGGUGCGCGCGCGCAUGUCGGGGCGGGUGAUGGUGGUGCGGCUGCUGUGCCGCGACGUGGCCGCCGCGCCCUCCUCCCCGCUCGACCUGCGCGGCGUGUUCACGCCCUGCGUCGCCUUCAGGGUGCAGGGCACUCCGCCGCGACACGCUACCAAUAUAACUGAAGUGCAAUUUACACCAAACGCGCAGACAUCCGAUUCCAGUGCAUCCUCUGGAUUGAGCGCCAGCGAAUACAUAGCAAUAGGCAUCAGCUCCUUACUACUUGGGCUUAUCUAUGUAGCAUCAGUCUUUCUCUAUUUACACAUUCGCAAGAGGCGAAAAGUAGCAUCUGAAGAAAGCAGCCUUCGAAGAAUUAAAGGAUUAAAGAAGAAGGAUGGAACCAUUACAGUCGAUCGUGAUAUACUUAGAAUAAAUAAUGAACGUGUCCAAACAAUAUCUAAUGCAAUGGGACAAGACGAUGGUGUCAUCAAAAACAAUCCACUUCUAUCAGUUGGCAGACCCUUUAGUGAUAAAAUCAAUUUCACAAGCGAUUCUGGCAGUAAUCUAUCAGAUUCAGAAGACAUGCCUGAUAGCAGUAUUCGCAGCGAAGAAAAUGUAUUUAAUAAAAGAACGACGUCAGCAAUUAUCCAUCUCCAUAAUGAAGGAUUAAAGAGUCAAUAUGAGGGUAUGGAAGUUAAUCAUCGCGAUGAGUCAGGUAUAGAACGACUUCCAGAUGAACACGUUUCUAUUGUUGAAACUAUUGAAGACCGAGAAAUAACUAGACCUGUUGGUACUACACGACGAAAACUGUACUUUAAUCCAGCUUACUUUGAACCACAGUUUAUGGUUGAUCCACCAGCAGCCGCACUGGAAUUUCUAUCUAAAAUCAGGGAAGUUAUAUCAAUAGCAAAACAAAAAAUGGCAGCCAAACGUUUCCACCCUGUUCUAAAUGAAAUACCAGAAGAAGAAACCUAUCCGUCCAAUGCAAACAGCAUUGACCUUUACCAUGGACUUGGUAGUCAACGUAGUGGGAGCGUAGUGAGUCUUAAAAGAGAAAAUAGUCGGCGAAGAUCAUCUACCUGUUUAGGUUGUCCAGGUUGCAAAUCUGAUAACAGCACAGUAAACGUGAUUAAAUAUGACAUCCCUAAUUGUAAAAACUGUCUUCAUUCAAAAGGCGAUAAGCAAAGUAGCAUUCGCAAAUGGUUGGAAAAUAUUCCAAAUGGACCAGAAGAAGUUAAUGAAGACUUUGAUAAUAAUUCCAGAAUUUUAGCAAAAUCAUUAUCAUCAUUACCAAUAGCCGCUUGUCGCAAUAAUAUUAGAAAACAAUACAGUUUUUCGGAGAGCCACUCUCUAUAUUCCAACGAAAAUAUGACCCCCUCGAAGAAAUGUGCUUCUAGGUCGGUAAGAUCAGAGCCGUCUACAAAAAAUUAUAAUAUACCGCUACCUGAAUUUGAAGGCGCCACUUGUGAAGAUAACAUUGUUACAAAGAAAAUAGUGCAGUCGAUUAAUUUUGAUGAUUAUAGACCGAAUAGUUGCGGAAGUAAGAGUUCUUGUAAACGUAGAAACACAUUAAUCAAUAACAAAAACUCUCUUCCGGACAUGGUAAACGACGCUAUGGCUUUAGACAAUUUUUCAAAGUCGUACAACCAAAGCAGUUCUGAUGACGAAAUGCUUACUGAGAAUUUAGAUAACGAUGCCACAGAGAAAGCCUUUAAUCAUAGUUCUGAAAGCCCAACGGCAAAUGAUUAUGAAACUGAUAGUUUAGAACGUUCUUCAAACAAAAAGAAUUUAUCAACCCCAACGGAAUUUCUAGAAGUUCCUUCUUCACAGGCUAGUCCAAGUUUAAGCAAUGCAUUACCAUUAGAAGAAGAACUUACCAUGAGAAAUGCUGUAUAUAAAUCAAACUCCAUGAGCGAGAGUAAUACCCCUUCACCAGAUGUGGAGGUAGGAGUGAAUCAAAAUCAUUACGAAACUAUUGACAUAAAGAAAAAUACUGGACUAAAAGACGCAGAUAAAAGUUUUGGUGUCAAUUACAGUCUAGUGAGCGAAGUUUAUGUUAAUAACAGCUACAAUUUUGGGAGUGCUCCAACAUCACCUAGCGGAUCUGAGAGCUCCAUUGGAAGUCGUAAAUUAAUCGCACUGCAAAAUGUUGAAGAGAAGCCAGGCUGUUUAACAAUAGAAGUGAAAGAUCCUCCAGAGAACUACAUACGUAUUCACGAAUCAGAUGGCUUUGAACCCGAUACUUUGGAUAGAAAACAUCCUAAACAUAAGGAGUCGUUGGAAAAUGUACAGUUUAGUAGGAGGGAUCUAAUUAAAAAUCUUGCCAGCCCAAACAUUAAGAACAGCCAACGAAUACAAUUAAGAAGCAGUGGUACAUUUGUAAAGAACACUCAUAAAAUCGACCACAACCCAAAAUUUAAUAGCUUGCGUGGUGACUAUGAAUGCAACAAAAUAAUUCAAACAAGACCUAAAAUAGCACCGAAUAUGUUUUCAACUAAUUCACAAGAAGAUACUUCAGAUAAAAGUUGGGAAGACUCAGGUGGAUGGACAUCGGAAGAAGGAAGAAUAUUAACAUUAGAAUUAAGGCAUUCUAAACGGCAGCGUCAGUGCACACCACCCACAGCAAAGCAAUUCAAAAGUUUAGCGAGGCCAGACAUUCUCCCUCCAUUACCACCAACCGAAGACUCUAUUUAUGAGAAACCAGUAAUCCCUCCAAGAAGAGUAGAAAAUUGCACAGUAGAAGUAGAUGUGCCUCAAAAAUGCCUCAGUGACAGAAGUCUCAGUCCAAGCGAAUUAAAAAUAUCCAGUGAGGAUUCUAAUGUACAAAGUAAUAUUCCGAAAAGUAUAAAUGAAGGACCUUCAUGUAGUCCAAUACAUGCCUCAAUACAAUCACAUCCUACAGAUUAUGAGGAUAUCAAAGCUGUCAAUUCUAUAAAUUGUGUAUCCCUCUCCAUAGAAGCUUGUAGAAAUUCAACGAGACGCAAUUCAUCAAGAAGUUCUAGCGGGAUUAACACACAUACAUUCGUUAAAGAUACAAAAUUUGAUAAAGCUAAACAGCGAAGGAAGAAAGGACUGAGUAUUGAAGAUUCUGGUUAUCUCAGUAGCGACUCUACGAGUUCCAGACAUUUCCAAAGAAAGUUAGUUAUAGCGAAAUUAGCUAGUUGUAGUGACAGUGAUGACACUGGAAAUGAAGCUAGAAGCGAGUCCGGUGCUGAAAGUGUGGAAACACAUUCAGUUUAUUUCGGCAGUUUUAGAAAUUUACCACAAAGAGCUGAAAACAGCAACAUUAAAAGUGCUAGAAGUAACAAAGUGAAAGUUAAAAACUAAACUGUGUUGAAUGGACCAAGUGCAAUAAAUUGACGUCAUUGUGAAUAUGUGCAAUAAAUAUAUUAUAGUUUUUGGUAAUAUUUUCUACUAGUUUUAAAUAAAUUAUGAUAUAAUUAUAAUAUUUUUUACCCAUAUAAUGGAUUAAAUCCGAGGUUACUGGGUGUUGUUAAGAUGUAUAAAUAUUCGUAUAGAGAAAAAUGUAAUAUAAUGCUAUAUUUAUUUAGAAUACUUUAAUUGUUCGAUAUUUCAUAUAUUUAUAUUAAUUAAUUUAAAAAUAGUAUUUUAAAAAAUGAAAUGGCCGGAUGUGCAAUGCAAUAAUAGCGUAAUUAGAUUCUAACAAGGGUAUAAACUUGGUUUUAUUUAAAUAUAAUAUGCAACUAGAAUUAAGGAUGACUAAAAGUCAUUUUAUUAUAAGGGACAUAAGAGAAAUACAUUUUAUACCUAUCUAAUAUAAUAUUUGACUAAUUAUUAAUAUGUAUACUUGUAAAUAAUUGACGUCACUGAGAGUCGGGCGGCAUAAAAUGGCUUCCUUGUACCUGACUUGUAUUGCUCCAGAGAGACGCACAUAGUGCAUUUUAUUCUCUCUGUAAAAACAAGAGCACAUUACGUUAGUGUCAUGUUGGAAAAACGCAAUCAAACCAACGUUGCUGCAAAUAAAAAGGACCAAAAAAUGCUGCUAGUUGCAACAAUUAUCCAUUGGAAUAUUUGCUAACAACAUUGGCUAACAACUGAUUUGCCAAUAAGUACAUAACAUUUUUCUUUAUGACUGUGAGAAAAAAUGUUCGAGCAUUACUUUAAGAUAAGAUUUCUAUUUUUCUACUUCGAAUACAAGAUUCAAGAUCCUUAUCUUUGAUAACCGUUAUUAAAAAAUAUAUCCUAAUUUUCUUUUAAUGGAUGUGUAGUCAUCCAAAUAGUUUUUAAUGUACGGAUUUUUACAGCAUCUCUUUGCAGAGUCAUUAAACGCGCAAUAUCACGGUGAUUACGUUUAUAUUAUUUGGAAUGCUAUUUCAUGGCUAAAUUUAUCUCUUAAUGUUUACCGCCAAUAAAAAAAAAAAAAAACUACCUCUAAAACAUCCAACUUCCCUUAGUUUUCAAUAUUUUUUUUAUAGCAAACAAUUAGGUAUUUGUUUUCUCAACUUAUAGGCAUUUGUUUUGUAAUAAGAAUGAAUAAUCUUUAAAUAUUGAUAACUAUUAACAUUAAAAAAAAAACUGUCUUUGUCAUUUCAUGCUCAAACAUAUAAGAUUGCAUUUUCCAACGUGCAUAUAUAUAGGGUUGUGGGAUGGAUAAUAUUUUUAAAUAUAUAAUUAAUUAAAAUGGAUAUUUAAAACCACAAUAUGAAUUAAGAUAUUAUAAUAUAGCUGAUGAAUGGUGCUAAGCAGGACAAUCGGGUAUUUUUUUAAUUAAAUAUAAUAAUCUUAAAUAAUUAUAAUUUAUAUACCUAAUUUAUUUCUCAGAUAUUAAUGCUCAACUAGCUGCAUAUUUGUAAUUAUAAGUUAUUUUUUUUAAAUAUUUGUAGCAAAAAUAAGUUUUUUUAUGUAGAUAUUUGUUAAAAUACUUGCCUGGCUGCCAGUAUUCUAGUAAUUUCUUGUGGUAAUUUUUACUUUUUAUUGAAAAUAUGAUAAAAUAAAAAUA